GUGUCAAUUAAAUUGUAAUUUAAAUUUGAAAAAGAAAGUCAACAUUCAGUUCGUUUAACGUUUUUGUUUCGUAAAAAUUCUAAUUGAGCGAAUGUUUGAUUUAGAUUUCUAUAUUUUGCGAAUAUUUGUUUGUGCGAACUAAUAAACUGUCGAUCGACUGUGUAUUCGUCGAAGUGUCUGUCGAACUAUGUACACCAAAGAGUUAAUGGACCAUGUUUCACAGUAUCUUAAGAGCAUACUGGAAGCAAUGCAAAAUAAAGCGACGAAGGAUAAUGGCGGUGCUAUCGAUAGUGUAGAUGGGAGAAGUGACGAUAACAAAGAGAGUGUGCGGGCGUUACUAGGUCGUCACACAAAAAUACUUGUUAAGUAUAUGAUAAAGUUAGAAACGAAAGGUGACAAAACCGAAAACAGGGUGCUGGUGUUCACACCAGUUAGGAUAUACUUGCUGAUUGCAAAAGUACCGACAAAGAUAGACUGCCAUUUUCAUUAUUUAGAUAUACAAUCGGUGGAAAGUAAAAAGCCAACGCAUUUUUCAAUUGUUACGAACGAUAGAACGUAUUCGUUUUUAACCACAGGGGAUGCCGGAAAUUUUAGUUCGAAUGCGGAUGUAAUUCUUACGGAUUUGGCAUCUGCAAUAAAGCAAAUAUUUCCAACAGUUCCUCUGAAAUAUAUAAUAAGAAAAGUCGAAAUCCAACCAGCAGAACGUGAAACAAUUUUUUCAGAUGAAUUACGUCCUUCUGAUCCUCGAAAUGUGGGCCCCUGCGGUGGUUUUAGUACACAGUAUGCAUGUAUGUGCGACUUUCACGGUGUUCCUUACAGAGAAGAGGUAGCUUGGGAUAUUGAUACUAUUUAUCUGUCGCACGACACAAGGAUAUUAAAUUUGAGAGAUUUUGAUCAUUUGGAGUCGAAGGACUUGAUGGCCAUUGUGUCUGCCCUGGAAUACAACACAUUCUUUCGGGGACUGAAAGUGUCACAUUCAAGGCUGUCGCAUGAGACUUUGGACCGAAUUUUACAUGUACUACGACGUUCGAUGUGGCUGGAGGAGCUACACUUAGAGGCAUUAGGAUUAAGAGCGGAUUUUCUUCAUAAAUUAGCUGUAUCUGUGAUCACAAAUAACAACCCUGCACUUCAGACCAUUGAUUUAAGCCAUAAUCUUAUCGAAGAUAAAGGUGCAAUUCAUCUGGCCGGACCCAUAGCAAAAAUAUCGAAAGGAUUGUGCAAAUUGUCACUGUCACAAUGCGGUCUAACAGCAAAGGGAGUCAAUCAAAUGGCACACUCGUUGUCACUCAAUCAAAGUAUUUCCAGUUCAUUAACGUAUUUAGAUUUAAGUGGUAACAAUUUGAAGGAUGAUAUAAAUAACCUGUAUAAUUUUCUUGCUCAACCGAAUGUGCUAAAACAUUUGGACCUAUCCACAACGGAUACAUUUUUGGAAAAUCUAUUCGGUGCAUUAUUACGUGGCUGUUCUACACACUUGUCCUAUUUAAACGUUUCACACAAUUCGUUCAGUACAAAGAAAGGCAAAGAGAUACCACCAUCGUUUAAACAAUUCUUCACCAGCUCAUUGAGCUUGAAACACUUAAACAUUGCCAGUUGUAAACUACCGUUGGAGGGACUGAAACAUUUACUGUUGGGAUUAGCGUGCAAUGAAUCGACAGCUGGUCUGUAUUUAGAUUUGAGUGGCAAUUCGUUGGGUGCUCAGGGAGCACAUGUAUUGGAAUCGUGCAUUCAUGGCGUGCGUGUAUUACAAAGCUUAGACAUUGGAGACAAUAAUUUGGACGUUGAACUAUCGUCUGUACUGACGGCCAUCGGUAAAAAUCCUUCAAUCAAAUGCUUGCACAUGACACGCAGCUUUACCGGAAUGAAAAUCAAACACAUUGGAACAGUCAUGGACGCUUUAGUUGGCUUGAUUCAAAAGGAUGAUUUUCCAUUGACCGAACUGGUUUUAUCGGAAAAUAAGCUCAAAAAUGACAUACACGAUUUUAUAAAUGCCUUAGGAAGUAAUCAAAGUUUACAAAAACUUGAUAUUGGUGGAAAUUUAAUGGGUGAUGUUGGAGCCAGAUUGUUGGCAAAAGCUUUGCAAAUUAACAAUAAACUCAGAACAAUUAUUUUGGAUAGAAAUAACAUUACGCUGCAAGGAUUCAACGACAUUGUUUACGCUUUGGAGAACAACUACAGCAUGCGAAACAUACCCUUCCCGCUGUUCGAUAUCGCACCGUGCUUGAAAAAUCAUCCCGAACGCACAGACAUGGUGAUGCGAAAAAUGCAAGAAUAUCUGCAGCGCAACAGCAACGGCUUGAAGCGUACAAAUGGACAAGGUUUUCGAUUGCAGCACGGUUUGCUGCUCUCGUCGACCCAUCAAUUGGUCGACAAAUUGGUGUCGGAAACACAGGAGACGAUGUCGUUGCGUGCUGGAUCAUCCGAUUCGGCUGUGCAACGAUUGAUUGAAGACGCCGAGAACAGUAAGCAAUUGUUGCCGAAAUUACAAGAGGCCGUUCGUUGUGAACCACAUCCGAUUGAAGUUAAAUUGAGCAAAGUUGCGGCUGAAUUGAGUCAGAAUAUUCGUGGAUAUUUGGAAGAAACGAUGGACACGAUGAUUCGGACGGGUGUGGAGCAGUGUCCCAAAACUCUUGGCAUCCAAAAUGUAGUCAACGAUUUGCGGAAGAGUUGCAACGAUAGAUUAAACAUCCCGGAGGAGUUUUUGCACACUUGCAUUUUGAACAACGCUGGAAGUGAAAUUAUGAACAAAAUCAGUGAAGUUGAACAAUCCCUAGCUGGUUUGAUAUCGGACCGUGCAACAGAUGAAGUUGUCGAAGCGUUGACUCGUUACCGUCGUGGAUUGGGCAUUUCGGAUUCGCCCAGCAUGCAUUUCGAUGAUCAUCAAACGCCAGACGUUGUACGGAGUCGAUCGAGUCAAGAUACCAUGGGCUUUGCUCCACUAAGAAACUUAGAUCUACCACGAUUCGGGCUGGAUUCACCAACGAAACUGGAAUAUUUGAAUCUCGCAACACCUUUAAUGCAAACAAAACGUCGCUCAUUUGUACACAAAAUUCGACCUCAGUCUGUGGUAGAAAAUUUGUCACUGGGUCAUAUUCCUGACUUGCUAGAGUCACCCUCGUCGCGUCGCAGCUCGAACAGUUCAGCUGGCAAAAACGACGAAAAUUGCGAUUCAAUCACAGAACUUCCCAGUGCUUCAUUCCAAUUACAACAUUUAGUUAAAGGUCGCCCAAAACGUGCCAAGACACGAGCGCCAACACGCCCACUAGUUACCGAACUUUCGACGCAUACAAUCGGCGAAGGAUUGGAGGCAUUUUUCCAACGACCUGGAUCAGCGACCCCAACUACUCUUACUCCAUUGGUAUCACCAACAUCUGACGAAUGUAGUUCGCUCAGUUUUGUCGACAGUCCGACGAUGAGCCGGUGCGACGAUAACGGGAAAAAUUAUUUCACUUCCGAAGAGACGACACCCGUGCACGAAGAACGAAAACCGAUUAAAUUGGAUCGUAGUUCACCACUGCUGAAAGGAGUGUCAUGGACACCACGAUCGCGUUCGACGGACAAUCUGGAAAAGUACUCCCCACUGAUUGGUCGAAAGUCGCCUCUGAUCAAAAUGCAAAACGAACAGAAUUCGGACGAUAAACUAUCGGAACGGCUUCAUCCACCCGCGCACAACGAUUCGAAAGUGCGGUCCCCUAGUAACGAUUCAAUCAAAAGUAUCGAAACCGAACCAUCGGUAAAAACUACGAAUGGCAUACUGAAUACACCGAUUUUGCCGUCGAAGCCGAGACCGUGGUCAGUAGCUGGUAACGAGGGAAAAUGUGAUUUUGCUGGUGACACUAAUAAAACGACUCCCGACGCUAUUGAUCCAGGAGACGUGGUGCUAAUUGAAGGACAAUCUGGCGGGUCAAUUGUCGGUAUCACGCCAGGUGCUGCAUUGGAGAAAAAAUCCGUGCGAGACAUGGCAGCUGGCCUCAACCGAUUGGGAGUAGAUAUAAUUAAGCCAAAACCACCGCAACCAUUACCUCGUAGUGUAGAAAACAGAAAUUCAACAUCUCGUCCCGAGUCCUUACCGAAACCUUUAAAUGUAAAUGUGAAACCACCACCAGAGGUUUUGCGACGUAUUGCUGGUAAAGAGAUCACCACACUGUUUGAGGAGACAUUAGUUGAAGGACUACAACGAACACCAUUCCGUGCGUCUCUCUACAAAGAAACACAGUAUGGCAAAGAUGAUUCUGUAGACGUUUAGAUCUACAAAUUGUUUUUAAGAAUGAAGAAAUAAUUCAAGAAUCUUGAAUUUGUGAGAAAAAAAAUUAUUUUUUAGUUUGAAAUCGUAAUUUGAAGUACUACGAGAAUAUAUAAGUUCCUUCACCAGAGAAUUUCAGUGACUCUGAUGACUUUUAUUGACCACAUCAGUUAUCGACAGCAACGACAAACAAUAUGCCUAUGGACUAGGUGGUCUUUUACAGUGAAAUGAACAAACUGAACGAUACGUUAAACAAAAGAAAUACCAGAAUAAAUCACGAUAUCGCGAUACCUUUUCAAACCAAUUCACUGCUUUAGUUUUUAGUCCAUGAGUUCCGUGCAUCGUUUGAUAGGAAAUCAGUUGACCAAUUUGUUUACUAAUCAUAUUUUGAAUGAUUCAACCGGUUAUUGUACCUAGUCGUACUAAGGGAUCGUACUAAUUGUUUGACAAUGUGCACACAGUUAUGACAAUGAAGAGCAUCAGAGUCGUAUAGAAAUUCCGAGGAGAAAGAACACAGUAAAUUGUCUGUAAGUUAUUGUUCCAGUCAGUUACAUUUUUCCAUUAAUUCAAGGCCAGUUAAGGUGAGUUAGUUUUGUUGAUGAGACACAAUUACGAAUUUGACCGGAUAGAUAGCCGGACCCAUGUUACGCAAAUUACAGUUUCACCAAUUUCACCAAUUGGUGUUCAAUGACCAAUUUUAUUUUGUAGGUUUCGUAUAGUCUAUUUCUAUGUCAAAAUCUUCCUAUAUCGUCCAUCAGAACAUUCUAUUUUGUAUCUAUCUUGAUUAAAUCACAAAAAACUUAAAUUUAAACGAAAGAAAAAAAUAUCACAAAAUGAAGGGAAAUUUGUUUUCAAACAGAUGCUAAAUUAGGUUUUUUCUAGAUCGUGUGGUUUUUAGUAUGAAUUUUAUUGGAUCGAAAUAUUCCAUUGACUAUUUUUAGUGCCAAUUUUACAGUAAUAUUUUUUAUGUAAAAAAAAACUUUUUUUUUUCGACGAACUUACCAAAAAUAUUUUUACAAACAAAAAACUGAAUUUAGAUUUAGAUUUGGAAUUUUUUUUCUUCGGAAAAUUUACUUACAAUUUUUUGAACAUUUUUUUUUUGUUAUUUUGAAUUUAAUUAAAUUAAUGAACAAAAGACUUAAAAGCGAACACAUUUACAAAAAAAAAUGGCCAACCAGUAACGCUACGACUUUUUCUUAUUUAAAAAAAAAAAUGAAUUUGAUAAGGAAACUAAAAUGUGAGUUCUAUUGAUUGAAUUUGGGAUGUUGUAAUUUGAUUAUGAAGAAAGAAA